UGUACCACAUCUUGACUGCCAGCUCAGUCAGAGAUUGUUAACUCGACGAAAAAAAAAGGCCAAGCACAGGCCCUAGAACAAGAUUGAACAAGAUUAAUUCAUAGUCGCCAAGGAAAGACUAGUGUGGUUUAUUAAUCGCCUAGUUAUCAUCACGCCAACCCCGAGCAACAAAGACCCUUUAAUAAAAAGAGAGACAACAAGGGCUCUGCACUAGGAAGCCACAUACACCCCCCCACUACAUCACGGCUUUGACAGCCGGUGAGAAAACUCUGCCCACCAUGCCUCUCUUUCCAGAAAAGUCGACCGAUGUGGGAAGGUCGAACAAGAACAUAAGUCGGCCGUACAGGAUGUCGUCGAUGCCGACGGACUCGACAGAGAACCUGACCGAGAUCAGGUUGAGGAACGAGCCCAAGGAGGACAAUGUGGUGGGCACGUCACAGCUCUUCAGCCAGAACGGACAGAUCAGAUACAUUCCCAUGCCGACGCCAGAUCCCAAGGACCCGCUGAACCUGCCCGAGUGGAGAAAGUGGACGGCGAUCGCGGCGCUGUGCUUCUUUGGAGCGCUGGCGCUGUCGGCAGAGUUCAUCAUCGGGGCGCUGGUGCCGGUGUUUGUGCUCGAGUACGCGGGCAUCAACCCGCAGAUCCUGGGGCAGAUCGACAUUGGGUCGAUCCUCCCGCCGGGCGAGGUCAACCUCAACCCGGUGAAGCUGCUGGCGGGGCUCGGCGGGCCGCCCAUCGACCAGGUGUCGCUGCUGGCGUCCAUCCCGCUGCUGGUCAACGGCAUCGCCUCGUACAUCAUGGUGCCCAUGUCCAUCGCGGUGGGGCGGCGGCCCAUGCUGCUGCUGUCGGCGGUGUGCGCCUUCUCGGGAGGGUUCUGGGCGGGCGCCUCCACCGGGCUGUACAGCCACCUCGCGGCCCGCUGCAUCCAGGGCCUGGGGGCGGGCGCCGUCGAGGCGCUGAUCCCGCUCAUCGUCCAGGACAUGAUGUUCAUCCACCAGCGCAACAAGGCCAUCUCGCUCAUCGGCGCGUCGCAGGGCCUCAUCGUGGUCAGCCUGGGCAUCGGCUCGCCCAUGAUCGUGGCGCACCAGGGCUGGCGCUUCCUCUACUGGAUCACCUCGUCGGUCGGCGUCUUUGCCUUCACCCUGCUGGUGCUCUUUGUGCCCGAGACCCGCUGGAUCCGCAGCGUCGAGGAGCUGGCCGGCAAGGAGGUCUACGAGCUGCGGCCCGGCGAGACCCGUCCCCGCCUCGACCCCGCCGUCUACGGGCCUCGCACCAACAAGUCCGACUUUGGCAUCCUCAACGUCAGCUACGAGUGGCGCCUGGCCUCGGCCUCCAUCUGGGACACUGCCCGCUCCACCCUCUUCCCCAACGUCUUUUGGGUCAUCAUCGUCAACUCCAUCUUCAUCUCCAUGCAGGGAGCCGCCGGCCAGGUCGGCUCCAGCUUGCUCAUCGCCGCCCGCUGGAAGUUUGAGACUUUGGGCUUCGCCGUCAUCCCCAUCGUCAUCGCCAGUCCCUUUGUCUGGUUCUUUGGUGGCUACGUCGCCGAUUGGAUCAGCAACCUGCACGCCCGCCGCAACGGUGGUCGCCGUGAGCCCGAGGCCCAUCUCAUCUCCCUCAUCUUCCCCUUGAUCUGCGGCAUCAUUGGCCCCAUCGUCUUUGGAUACGCCGGUCAGAACAUCAACAGGCUCCCGGGAAUCGUCGUCCUGGUCGGCAUCUUUUUUAUCGGCUUCAGUUUCUUGACUGCCAACGCCCUGUUUGCUGUCUACCUCGUCGAGAGUUAUCCAAACUAUGCUGGACCUGUCCUCAUCAACGUCGCCUCCUUCCGUCUCAUCAUCGGUUUCAUCAUGUCCUUCAAGGCCGUCGACUGGGUCCAAGACAUGGGCUUCUUCAAGAGUUUUGGAAUCUACUCCAUCGCCCUUGGAAUUGCAUGCCUCGGCCUGCCGUUUGUCUACUUUUACGGCAAGCGCAUCCGCAUGUGGACCGCCGGCCGUCUUGAGCCUCCCUUGCCCACGGGUAAGAAGUUUGACGAGGAAGGAGCCGGCAUUGCUUUGUAGACAACUCCUUUCCAAACCAGGAAGGAGUAAACCCCACCCCCUAUCACACCAAGAAGCGUGGAUUUAUACUGUGGUUUCUCCCAGCAGACAAAAUAUCCUUUUUUUUUCUCCACGCCAGGUAGCGUGUAUGGGGAAGACCACAGGGAAAAAAGGGGGAUGCGAUUUAUAAGGGUUGAACGUUGACCCAACAGCUGGUCACGUCCUAAUACGGCCCGAGUGUUUCUAGAACGAGGAUACCGAGCCCCAAGGGCUUGGGUUGUAUGAUUGGAAAAAGGGGAAGAUUUUAAGAAAAAAAAAGAGGAUGUUUCUUUUUCUG